AUGAUCACGCGGAAGGUGCACUUCGUUCCGUCGACAGCAAAACCUUGGAUCUUGACACCGGAAACUUCGCCUCAACUUUCACCUGUUAUUUCGGACUGGGACGCAGACGACGAAGCCACUAUGUCAGCUGAGGAUCUGAGGUCUUCAAGACCAAUCAGUAUAGCAAGUACAUCUCGCGAACAUGCAACAUCAUUCUCACCGCCUACAUUGAACGAUAUCCUUGAAAAUCGCUCUCAACCUCCUUAUACCCUCAGUGCUUUCACUGCCUACCUCUCGCAACAACAUUGUCUAGAAACGCUGGAGUUUACAGUGGAUGCCAAAAAAUACCAAGAAAAUUAUGCACAAAUUGCGGCUCAUUUGGCGGGUAUGCCCAUGAACUAUGAGCAUAAGAGUGUUCACGGCUUGCAAGGAGAAUGGGUCCGCAUCCUAGAUGUAUACAUCAAACCUGGGUCGCCUCGAGAGAUCAAUUUACCUGCAGAGGUGCGGGAUGACCUUCUUGAACAGGGCUUUUCACAGAAGCCGCCUGAACCUGAAGCGCUUGAUCCUGCUGUCAAACGAAUGCAUGAUCUGAUGGCGGAUUCUAUCUUCAUGCCAUUCCUCAACAGUUUCAGUCCAGCGCCUAAAGCAGAGACAUUCAGUGGCCCGAGCUCUGAUUUUGGCGGCCGCAGAGAAGGCCGAUCUGACUUGUCAUCUUCACUGGUUGACGAACGGGCAGAUUUCCUACACCGGAAGACCUCGCGAAGGCGCCGGUCCCCCACCGCGAGCUCCAGCCUUGAAUUCUCUGGGCCCAAAUCACCGACCCUUGGCACAUCUCAUCGUCACACACAAUCUUCGAGCAUUACAUCGGCUUUAGGUCGUACUUCUGGUACAAGACUGUCAACUCACGUCUCGAAUUCAUCCGCUGCCUCCGGUUAUGAAGGUGGCUUGACGGACGACAGCGCCAGUGCAGGUAGUCCUGGUUCUAUCGACCCCAUGACUCCACCUACCACACCUCCAGGCAGUGAUUUACAUGUGGGAUCUUCGGCCAGGCGUCAGAGUCCCAAGCCGCAAAGGAGCGAUAGUGGCGGCAACUGGGUGAAGAAAGGAAUGAGGCUCCUGGGUAAACGAAAAAAUGGUGGGCAAUCAUUAAGAGAACAACCUGGGGAGGGUUAG